GUCGUCACUGUGUUGUUGCGGAAGUGCCGGUGAGCAUUUUUCUGACAGCAGCGUUUUUAAUCUCUCCCGCAGCAGAUAUCUUUUUCACUGCUAGUCUGCGUGGACCAGCCGGCGUUUCCGUGGACAAGUUGAGCAAUGGCGGCCCUGAAAUACGCCGGAAUGGACGAUACGGACAGCGAGGACGAGUUGCCGCCUGGAUGGGAAGAGAGAUCCACCAAAGACGGCUGGGUUUACUAUGCGAACCAUGAAGAAAUGAAGACACAGUGGGAACAUCCCAAGACGGGGAAGAAGAAACGCUGCGCUGGAGAUUUGCCAUAUGGUUGGGAACAGGAGACUGAUGAAAAAGGACAGACGGUUUUUGUUGACCACAUUAACAAGCGGACCACCUAUUUUGACCCGCGCCAGGCGUUCACCGUGGAGGAUGUGGUGGUGAAGCCAAAGCGGUACGAUGGAAACACUGCUGCUCUGGAAAUUCUUCAGGGUCGUGACCUAUCUGACAAAGUUGUCGUCAUCACUGGAGGCAACUCUGGCAUUGGCUUUGAGACGGCCAGGUCUUUCGCUCUUCACGGGGCCCAUGUGAUCCUGGCAUGUCGAAACCUGUCCCGGGCCAGCGCGGCCGUUCACCUCAUACAGCAGGAGUGGCACAAAGCAAGAGUAGAGGCCAUGAUGUGUAACCUGGCUUCGCUCCGUAGCGUCAGGGAGUUUGCAGAGUCUUUUAAGGCCAAGAACCUACCCUUGCACGUUCUGGUGUGCAAUGCUGCCGUGUGCAGUCAGCCCUGGGGUGUGACGGAAGACGGCCUGGAGUCCACCUUCCAGAUCUGCCAUCUCGGUCACUUCCUCCUUGUGCAGUGUCUUCAGGACGUCCUGCGUCGUUCAGCUCCUGCCAGGGUUGUAGUUGUUUCCUCAGAGUCCCACAGGUUCACGGACCUGUUUGACUCGAGCGGAAAGGUGGACCUGGCCCUGCUCUCCCCUCCGAAGAAGGAGUACUGGUCCAUGCUGGCCUACAACCGCGCUAAACUCUGCAACAUCCUCUUCAGCAACGAGCUCCACCGACGUCUCUCACCUCACGGUGUGACCUCCAACGCAUUGCACCCUGGGAACAUGAUGUACACCUCCAUUCAUAGGAGCUGGUGGCUGAUGACCUUUCUCUUCACUCUGGCCCGACCCUUCACCAAGUCUAUGCAACAAGGUGCAGCUACCACGGUGUACUGUGCGGUGGCCCCGGAGCUGGAGGGUUUAGGCGGCAUGUACUUCAACAACUGCUUCCGCUGCCAACCGUCCAUCCAGGCACAGGAUCCGAGCAACGCCGGCGGCCUGUGGGAGCUGAGUGAGCGCCUGGUUGCAGAGCGAUCCGUCGGGAUUCAGUCCCUCUAAGGGACUGAAAUGCAGGAGGGUGUGGGGGAGAAGAAGUCAAAGAGGAAUCUUUUGAUGCUGACUUGGGAGGGGGGGGGGCAAACUUAAUAAAAGACUCUGACUGCACUAUACAAAAACUGCCAAACCACUGAGGUCUGUGUGGACAUGUCACGUCACUAUGGGGCUAAAACAUACUACGUACACAAUAAGGAGGGAGUUUCAUUUACAGUUUAAGUUUAGCUCUUUUUUUGUUACUUUAAAGUAUGAAGUAGAGAACCUAAAAUGAAUAGAUUUUUUUUCUGCUGUUGUCUUGUAACCCUUUUAACCACACAAGGUUUAUGAGUAAGUAUACACUCGAAUUGCAGCUAUGGCGCGCUAUAUGAUAAAUAUCGUCUUCCAAAUGAAUGUCUCUGUAUUCAGUGUCAUUUUGGCUACUGUUGUGCAGAUGUUUCUGCUCGGAUAUGGGGUUUAACUUUUUCAGUUAAAGAAAUAAAAGAUAGCGAGCAUAGGACCCUCACAAAUAUAUAAACACACUAGAGGUAUGUUUUUUAUGACUAUUUACAUUAUUCUGCAAUAAUCUCGUCAUUAUCAGUGUCCCUACUUGUUGUCUGUACAGUAUUUACAUCCACCUGAUUUGUAGAGGGCAUCCUAAUGGUCUUGCUAUGAUCAAACCAGAGUUUCUGUACUAAAUCUGCAAUUUUACAAUUUGGAGAUUUAUGGAAUGAUAUUUCACCAUUAUGUCAGAGUCUUAUUUAUACCAGGAUCUCUUCUUUUCUCUGUUUCUUCUCUUGCUGUUAAUCUAGAAUUUGAUAUUUCAGUCUGUUGUUUGUUUCUAAGUUGUAAUCUUUAGUGUUGAGCCUCUGUAUUUGGGGUGGGGGUUGUCCUGAAGCCGCUGGGAGGGCGAGUCGCUUUUGAGACAUUGUGCUUCAUGGCAGUCCGGGUGCCGUACGUUGUUGAAGAAACAGCAAUCCAGUGUCAUAUUAUCUGUAAUAAAAAAAGAAAGGGAAAAAUAAACAUGGGAAAACA